AUGACUAAAGAAUUAAAUAGUAAUUCGACACUUAAUAGUAGUAAUAAUGGAAAUAAUAUUAUAAAUAUACCUACACCAUAUGAAACUAGUUUAGAGAGAAUUGAUUUAAUUCCUUUAAAGAAACAAUUAGAUGCAGUGUUAAAAGAUAGAUCAGAAGAUUAUUGGGAAUGGAUAAGGAAAUAUUUAUGUGGUAGAUUAUCAAAAAGAGAACUAGACUAUUAUGUCACUACAAAUUUAAAUGAACCAAAUCUACAUUUACAUAAUACAUUUUUUAAAGCGGUUAUAUUUAAUGCAUUUUAUUCGAAAACAUCACCAACCAUCAUUGAACAAACUAAAGUUUCAAUACCAUCUACAACUCAAAUAUCAUCAUCAACUAAUCAAUCUUUACCAGCAAAAAGAAAAUUAUCAUCAAGUACAAAUUCAAUAACUUCAACAAAAGAGAAAAAAGACAAAAAAGAUGCAUCUUCUACAUCUUCAACAUCUUCAAUUUCAUCUUCUUCCUCUUCUUCUUCAUCUUCUUCAUCAUCAUCAUCAAAAAGAAAAAAAGAGAAAAAUCCAACAAAGAGACCAAGAAGAGAAAAGAAAGAUUCAACUCCUUCAAUUUCAGGUUCUUCAUCUUCUGUAACAAUUUCAUCAUCUUUAAAAUUAAAACAAAAAAAGAAACUUUUCCCAAAAUAUUCAUUAUUUUCAUCACAAUUACAACCACUUAAAAAUAAAAUGGAAGAAAUUGCAAGUGAGAAUGGAUUACAAGGAAUAUCUAAGCAAUCUAUUAUUUUUAUGAAAUUAGCAUUGGAACAACAUAUUUUAAACUUUUUAAGAAAAACAAAGCCACACAUACCACUGCCAUCACCAAAUUCACACUCUAUACCACCUAAUCAAUUACCUCCUCCAUCACCAUUUUUAGAUUAUUUCUUUUCAAAUAUUGAUAACCCUCAAUCAUCAAAUGAUGAUGAUAAUAAUAAUAAUAAUAAUAAUAAUAAUAAUAAUAAUAAUAAUAAUAAUAAUAAUAAUAAUAAUAAUAAUAAUAAUAAUAAUAAUAAUAAUAAUAAUAAUAAUAAUAAUAAUAAUAAUAAUAAUAAUAAUAAUAAUAUAUGUGAUGAUAACAACAAUCAAAAUGAUGAAAAUAGUAAAAAUAUAAACAAUGUAAAUAACCACUUAAAUAAAGAAAAUGAAAAUGAAAAAGACAAUAAAAAUGAUGAAAAAGAAAAUGAAAUUGAAAAAGAAAAUGAAAAUGAAAAUGAAAAUGAAAAUGAAAAAGAAAAAGAAAAUGAAAAUGAAAAAAUAAUUAAAGUUGAAAAAGAACACGAAUUAGAACCAAUGAUUUUGAAUGAUAAUAAUAAUAAUAAUAAUAAUAUAUGUGAUAAAAUAUUACCCUUACCACCAGUGGUGGACGAAUCACAGCAAAAACUUAAUAUUUUACCAAUUCAAAAACAACAACAACAACAACAACAACAACAACAACAACAACAACAACAACAACCAACAACAUUCAGUUUUAAUAGUAUUUUUAAUUUUAACCAAUUUAAUGGAUUAAACAACAAAAAUAAUAAUAAUAAUAAUGAUAAAUUAGAAUUAAAUUAUCCAAAAUAUGUAGAAUCAAAUAAUCCUUUAUUGUCCCAAUCUGUAUCAUUUUAUAAAAUCCCUGACAAUAUAUUUUCAAAUGCACCACCAACUUCUAUUUUAUCAACUCAAGAUAUUUUCUCAAUGGUUGAAGAUAAUUCUUUAAUACUUGGCAAUGAUCCUUUAGCAUUUGAAAGAAUAAAUUUAUUUCGUUAUUAA